AAUCGUACGGACUUGGAAAAUUCAAAAAUAGGGCUUUGUUUUUUACUUCUUAUAAAAUAAAAGCAUAACACAUGGAUGCUUUACUUUACCAACUUGCUCUUUAGUUAGGGUUUUUUUCUUUCUCUCGAUUAGAAUAUAUUUGAUUUUUGCUCGGGUGAAGUUGUUGCUGUUGGUGAAAAUAACGAUGUCGAGACCCAUUUUCGUCGGAAACUUUGAGUACGAGACUCGCCAAUCUGAGCUAGAGCGUCUCUUCUCCAAAUACGGAAGAGUGGAGCGAGUUGACAUGAAAUCUGGCUUUGCUUUUGUUUAUUUUGAGGAUGAUCGGGAUGCUUCAGAUGCCAUUCGUGGACUUGAUAAUCAUCCGUUUGGAUAUGACCGACGCAGGCUGUCGGUGGAGUGGGCUAGGGGUGAACGUGGUCGGCAUCGUGAAGGGUCUAGGUCAAUGGCAAAUCAAAGGCCCACUAAAACCUUGUUUGUGAUAAACUUUGAUCCUAUUCGAACAAAAGAGCGGGAUAUAAAAAGGCAUUUUGAGCCUUAUGGAAAUGUUCUGCAUGUUCGGAUUCGACGGAACUUUGCAUUUGUGCAGUUUGAAACACAAGAAGAUGCAACGAAGGCCCUUGAUGCUACCAAUAGAAGCAAGUUAUUGGACAGGGUUAUUUCUGUUGAGUACGCUUUAAAAGAUGAUAGUGAGAGGGAUGACCGAUAUGAUAGCCCUAGAAGAGGUAGUUAUGGUAGGCGUGGAGAUAGUCCGUACGGGAGGUCACCAAGUCCUGCUUAUCGUAGGAGACCAAGUCCUGAUUGUGGCCGAGCCCGCAGCCCAGUUUAUGAUCGGUACAAUGGACCGGCGUAUGACAGGCGCAGAAGUCCAGAUUAUGGGAGGAACAUUAGUCCCGGUCCAGUGUAUGACAAGAGAAGGAGUCCUGGUUAUGGCCGGAAUAGGAGUCCUGAGUAUGGUAGAUACCGCAGCCGAUCUCCAGUUAGAAGGUCAAGAACUUGAGAAAUACGCAUUCUGGGGAAGAAGUGUGCUCACGAACCAUGUUAUUUUUCUAGCUGUCCAUGGUACUUCUAGAUAGUCUUGCGUAGAAUUAGCAUUUUCUCAGUUUGAGGUAUCAUUUAUGGAUGUAUUUGUACGUUUGGUUAUUGGUUUUCUGGAUUUGCAGAAAAUUAGUAAUAGAACCUAUAUAUAUAUAUAUUCGGUUUGACAGGUGGAAUUCGCAGAGUAUAUGUUGAUUGUUAUCUUGUUUUAUUCAUUGGCUUAAUUAAUUGGGAAUAUUGUCAAGCUAUGUAAACUUUUAUUCAUUUUUAUGUAAGAUUUUCUUAAA